GCCAAGCUUCUCUCACAGAACAAAUAUGGCGGAGCAGCAGGAUACGGCACCAGGCUUUAGAAAGGAGACCGUGGACAAACUCUUGAAAGGUUUCUUCAAGGAGGAGAAAAACAAACUGAGCGGGGAUGCCGCCCUGCUGAUGGCCGAGCUGCUGAAAGUGUUUGUGGAAGAAGCUGCCGUGAGAUCACUGAAACAAGCCGAAUCCGAGGACUGCAACCAAGUAGAUAUCGAGCACUUUGAAAAGAUCCUACCUCAGCUGCUGCUGGACUUCUAGCACAGCGGAGCCACAAGAUGGAGCCAGAGUGCUGCCUGCAUGUCCCUACAUCAGCCCUACUGCAACACGUCUAGUUUAAUGAGAACAUUUUAUCUGUUUUGUACAACUGCAAUUUCAUAAUCUCUAUCAUAUCAGAGAUUCAUUGAAAUUCUCUCUGUCUUUAUACGAGUUGUGUGCUUUUUAAGUGCAAAUCAGCAGUGCUGUCCACUCGCCUCCAUGCCACCACGACUAAGGCCCACCUGUUCUUCUCUGUGCAACAACAGGUGCUUCCAGCGUGCUCCAUGGCGCCCUUCAUCAAAGCCUCCUGGAGCAGUUGGAAGCAAUUAGAGUAAUAAGGGGAGCAGCCAGUCCCUUAGAUGAUGACAAGUGCCAGGAAAAAAGGAGUACCCCCUCCAGCCACUUUGAAGUUCCCUUUUGCUGUCCUGCUAUGUUUAGUUAGAGGUGGGGGGAAGGGCAAAGGGGACCUCUGGCACAGGGGGAAAGUUGAAUGGGAGUGUGCAUGCACAAAUGUGUGCAUGUGUUAGCCAAACAUAGCAAGAGACCACACGCAUAGAUAUUCUGUUUGAAAGGAAACAUAACAAAACACAUCGGAACACGGUCCAAGAGGAGCAGGGUGUAAUUCUGAAGGUAAAUAAACAAAAGAGGCGAGUAGUGGAGGUGCGCUCUCUCCUUUCAUCACAGCAGAGGGGGAUGCUGGGGCUGCAAGGAAGAGGCUAAUGUGGGGUUUUCUAACCCAACUGCCUCUGAUGAUUUUCCACCAGUGGAGUAUUAAACCGACGUGUCUUCACCAUGAGUCAGCAUAGCUGCACAACACCUCACACUAUUUAUUUGUGCGGCUCUCGGGUGACUCACUAUGCUUACAAAUGCUGCCCACGUACAGCUGGAAGCAACUCGGGCUCAAGCCUGAGAGCCCAGGCAUCGCAUAGGUGAUCAAGGACGCGGCACCUGGAAUUUGACCCAGCACCUUUUUUAGUAGAGCCGAGACUGGAUUUGUGUUCCCCAGGAGUGACUUCCACAGCAGGCCUUCGGAACCUUUGGUUGAGUGAUGUUCAGUUUAAUGAUCCCACGAGGACCAUUAGGACAGAAAACUACUUUUUGUGAAGAAAAUAAUUUGUUGGGCUAAUUAUUACAGUCUUUAAUAGCUAGUUGUGACCCCUAGUUUUGUGAAAUACUGUAAACUGCAGAGCUGUUGCUUUGAGAAGCUGGCCGUUGAGAUGAAAUGCUGUGAGCAGACAUGGACGCAAAUGAUCACAAAUUUGUAUAAAGUGUAUUUUUGUAUAGAUCUUUUGUAAUGUAUAACAUUUCUGUUGAAUAAAAUAAAUUAACCAUG